GUAAUCGUGAUUUGGGAUCCUUUUUCCCCGUCUCUGCUUCCAAGCUGACUAGCUGAGGGCAAAUUCGAUCCGCUUCACGAUCUCUACCUCUUCCCCACUAGGUUAUCGAAAUCGCUCAGGGAGACAUGGCGAUGGCCUCACUAGCUGCAGCUCGUCGAGUAGUUUCCCUCGGCCGAGUUUCAUCCCCCACUACAUCCUUUCAGGCUGCCUCUCUCGUCCCCCGCCGCGGCCUCGCCGGCGCUGCAGAUCACCAUGGGCCACCUAAGGUUAACUGUUGGAGUCAACCCACGAAUCCAGCUCAGUGGAAGGAAGAGCACUUUGUAAUUGUGUCUCUGGCUGGUUGGGCUCUCCUCAUCGGUGGGAGCUACAAGUUUUUUACCAAAGGCAAGAAGGAAGAGUUGGUAGAAGCAAAGCACUGAGGUCCAGCACCUUCAGUUCCGGUGGUUCCUGGUAAUAAAAUGAAUUCAGUUGGCCUUCACUGAGGAUUCCUACCAGCUGUUUGUUACUCUCAUUUUUUUAGAACAGAUGAUUAUAUUAACCGUGGGAAAACUUGAAUCUCCUUUAGAGAGAUGGAUAAUAAACCCUUCACAUUUUG